AUGUCGGGCAGCAACGAUGUCUAUCAAACUCCCCUCAACUCGCGAUAUGCGAGCGAUGAGAUGAAAUACCUCUUCUCUCCCAGAAAGAGAUUCUCCACCUGGAGAGAGCUUUGGCUCUGGCUCGCCGAGGCCCAGAAGGAACUCGGUCUCCCCAUUCCCGAUGAGGGUCUCGAGCAGAUGAAGUCCCACGUCACCAUCCAGGACGACGAAUUCAAGGUUGCCGCCGAGGAGGAGAAGCGCAGAAGACACGAUGUCAUGGCCCACGUUCACGCCUACGGACAGGUCGCACCAGCAGCUGCCGGAAUCAUCCACUGGGGUGCUACUUCUUGCUACUGCACUGACAACGCCGACCUCAUCCUCCUCCGUGACGGUCUGGACAUUCUCAUCCCCAAGUUGGCCGUUGUGAUCGACAAGCUCUCUUCCUUCGCCCAGCAGUACAAGGACCUGCCUUGCUUGGGUUUCACCCACGGACAGCCCGCCCAGCUCGUGACUGUCGGAAAGAGAGCAUGCUUGUGGAUUCAGGACUUGCUCAUGGACCUGAGAAACCUCGAGAGAGCCCGUGACGACCUGCGCUUCCGUGGUGUCAAGGGUACUACCGGUACUCAGGCCUCUUUCCUCCAGAUUUUCAACGGCGACCACGACAAGGUUGAGCGAUUGGACGAGCUCGUCACCGAAAAGGCUGGUUUCAGCUCCGCCUUCAUCAUCUCCAGUCAGACAUACUCCCGUAAGAUCGAUGUCGACGUUGCCAACGCCCUGGGCUCUUUCGGAUCUACCUGCGAGCGCAUUGGUAUCGACAUCCGCCACCUUGCCAUGCUCAAGGAGGUCGAGGAGCCUUUCGAGAAGGACCAGAUUGGCAGCAGCGCCAUGGCCUACAAGCGCAACCCUAUGCGCUCCGAGCGUCUGUGCUCCCUCGGAAGACACCUCCAGAACCUCCCCAAGGAUGCUUUGGACACCUACUCUGCUCAGUGGUUUGAGCGUUCCCUGGAUGACAGCGCUAUCCGCCGUAUCAGCAUUCCUGAGCUCUACCUCUCCGCUGACGCCUGUCUCAUCCUUUUGAACAACGUCACCUCCGGCUUCGUCGUCUACCCCGAGGUCAUCAGAAGACGUGUGAACGAUGAGCUUCCCUUCAUGGCGACUGAGAACAUCAUCAUGGCCUGCGUCAAGAAGGGACUCUCCCGCCAGGACGCCCACGAGGAAAUCCGUGUCCUCUCCCACCAAGCCUCCGACAACGUCAAGAAGCUCGGAAAGGACAACGACCUCAUCGAGCGCGUCCGCAAGACCGCCUUCUUCGCCCCGAUCCUGGAUGAGCUCGACACCCUCCUCGACCCCAGCACCUUCGUCGGCCGUGCUCCCCAGCAGGUCGCCAAGUUCACCUCCACCGAGGUCAAGAACGCCAUCAAGCCUUACGAGUCUCACGUUCUCAAGUCUGAGACCUCUGCUCUGCACGUCUAA